AUGAACUCAACCGAUAACCUAGUCAACUACGCCUCAAACGGAGGCGGCGGCGUAAUUAUUAGAAACGGUGGCAGCCUACGAAACGGCAGCUUUGCCAGCGUCAAAUCAGUACCCAAACUGGCGGACUUUAUCACCCCCAAUGUAGAAAAUGGCACCCACCUCGUGCUGGGCUCAGAUGAGAAGGCCAAAUCCUUGGCAGGCGGUUCGGCGGGCUCAUCCGUCGGUGACCCCGUCGAGGAAGAGGAGUUUGACCCGCUCAGCGAAGAGGUGCCCGAUAAUGAGCGCACCAACUACGGGCAAACGCUGAUGAACCUGAUGAACGGUAUCAUCGGCAGUGGCAUCCUCUCUAUGCCCAUCGCCUUCCUCAACGGCGGUUGGUUGGUCGCCUGCAUCGUCACGCCCCUAAUUGGCGCCAUUAGCUGCUACUGCAUUCACCUGCUCCUUUCCGUUAACGUAUACCUGACGGCGGCAACUGGAAAGGCCUCACCCUACGACUAUCACGAGUUUCUGGAGCACCGCAUCGGCGACCCUUCCCGCCUGCCGAGCGAGUCCAUCUGCCUGGUGGCCAUCCUGCCCGUGGUGGUGGCCAUCAACUGGAUCCGCAACAUUCGCUACCUCAGCUACCUGAGCACAGUGGCCAACAUCCUCCAGGUGGCCGGCAUCAGCGUCGUCCUCUACGACCUCUUCUCCAUGCCCAUCGGAAAUCUGGACCGCCUGCCCGCAGUCGGCUCGAAGAUCCCCCAGUUCUUCGUCACCACGCUCUUCAUCUUCGAGGGCAGCAGCGUCUCAAUGUCGCUGUACAAGGCCAUCAAAAAGCAACGACAGUUUCGCAUGCCUCUCGGCGUGCUCAAUGUGGGCGAGCUGGCGAUCAUGGUCGCCUAUACGGGAGUGGGCUUUUUCGGGUACCUGCAGUACGGCGAGCUGACCGAGGGAACGAUUACCGCCUCACUGCCAGCCGAGCCCAUGUACGAUGCCGUACAGCUGUCCUAUGCGGUAGUGGUCCUGGGCACCUACCCCAUCCUCCUCUACGUGCCCAUUCAGGUGCUGUGGGGCAUCCUCAAGCGGAAGCUCGCCCCCAGACUGCAAAGUUCCUCUUCAGGAGACUUGGCAAAGCACCCGGUGCCUGCCGGUGGAAAACGGCUGCUCGUCGCGGAGCUCGCCUUCCGAACUGCACUCGUCGUUGUGACUUAUUUACUUGCCGUCCUAGUGCCAAAGCUUGAUCUAAUCAUUGCCGUUGUUGGGGCGGUUACGAGCAGCCAUCAAACCAAGAAAGGUAACCAGAUCGGCAGUAAAGAGGUAACGCAAAAUGUACCACCUUUGCAAACACUGGAUACUUGGCCAUCAGAAACGCCUGUCGCCGGUCGUAGACCACUUUUAGGCGAGAAUUUCGAAUCACCGCUUGGCGAUAGGCGUCCUGGUUGA